AUGGCAUCCGCAAUGCGACCAAUUGUGGCGCGAAUCACCCUACGCAGGUCAAUUGCACCUCUUGGCAGGGCCACUUUCCUGAAAACACAGGCUCAGACGCAUCAUCGUCGAACCUUUAUCACGACGACGACACUGCUCUCGCAAAAGAAGCCUGCCGCCUACUCAAAACUGUGGGACAGUGCCGACCAUGCCGUAGCAGAUGUCAAGAGUGGCGCGACGGUCCUCAGCGCUGGCUUUGGGCUAUGCGGCGUCGCAGAAACUCUCAUCGAAGCUCUUCACCGACGAGGCAAGGAUUCGUUGCAUUCGCUCUCCGCCGUGUCCAACAAUGCUGGUAUCGAGGGGAAAGGCGGCCUGUCGCUGCUUAUAAGCAGCGGUCAGGUAGAUAAACUGACCCUAUCAUAUCUCGGAAAUAACAAAACACUGGAAAAAGGCUACUUGAAUGGCGAUAUUGCUGUCGAACUGUGCCCCCAAGGAUCCUUGGCUGAGCGCAUCCGAGCCGCCGGUGCUGGCAUCCCUGCCUUCUUCACUCGCACCGGUGCCAAUACUCUUGUCCAGGAUGGCGAAAUCCCGAUCCGGCUCGGUCCCGGCGGCAAGGCGCUCGAGCGAGGCACCAAGCGCGAGACACGCGAGUUCGACGGCAAGACGUUUCUCAUGGAAACCUCACUUCCCGGUGACGUGGCGAUACUGAGAGCCUACAAGGCAGACAAGGCAGGCAACUGCGUCUUCCGCUACACCACCAAGGCCUACGGCGUGCUCAUGGCCAAGGCCGCCAAGCUGACCAUUGUCGAGGCUGAGAACAUUGUCGAGAUUGGCGAGAUUAACCCCGACGACGUCGACCUCCCCGGCAUCUUUGUCGACCGCGUCGUGCCUGCAACAGCAGAGAAGAAGAUUGAGAUUCUCAAGAUCCAAGAGGCCCAGACCGGCGGCUCGAGCGAGCAGAGCGAGCACCAGGUGCGUCGCGAUCGCAUCGGUAAGCGCGCUUCGCAGGAGCUGCAGGAGGGCUUCUAUGUGAACCUCGGGGUGGGCAUCCCCACGCUCGCGGCGAAUUAUAUCCCUGAGGGCCGCACCGUCUGGCUGCAGAGCGAGAACGGAAUGCUCGGAAUGGGGCCGUAUCCCACGAAAGACGAGGUUGACGGUGAUGUUGUCAAUGCGGGCAAGGAAACGGUUACCAUGGUCCCUGGCGCUUCGUGCUUUGACUCCUCCGAAUCGUUUGGCAUGAUCCGCGGAGGCCACGUUGAUGUCUCGAUUCUCGGAGCCCUGCAGGUGAGCGCCGCGGGCGACCUCGCCAAUUACAUGAUCCCCGGCAAGGUCUUCAAGGGCAUGGGCGGCGCCAUGGACCUGGUCGCCAACCCGGACAAGACCAAGAUUGUCGUGGCGACCGAGCACGUCGCCAAGGACGGGUCGCCCAAGAUUGUGCAGGACUGCAGCCUGCCGCUGACCGGCGCACGCGUCGUCAGCACCAUUAUUACCGACCUCUGCGUCUUCCAGGUAGACCGCAAAGCUGGCGGGCUGACCCUGACGGAGUUGGCGCCGGGCGUGACGGUGGAUGAGAUUAAGAGCAAAACGGACGCCACGUUUACGGUGUCCAAGGACCUAAAGGAGAUGCAGUAG